AUGGACGCGUACCAGCCCCAGCUCAAGCGCUGGCUCCGUCUGCUCGCCGCCAAGGGCGUCCAGGAGCUCGUCCUCGUCAACCGCCCGUGCCCACGGGUGGUGCCCCUCCCCGACACGCUCUUCCGGAUCGCCACCCUCACCCGCCUCUACAUCGGCGUCUGGAAGUUCCCAGGCGCGGCCCACCUCCAAGGCGCCUCCUUCCCCAACCUACGCGAACUCGGCAUCUUCAGCGUCGUCGUGGAGGACGGGGACAUCGACUCUGUCGUCGCCAGGAGCCCCGUACUGGAGAUCCUCAACAUCCAAGGGACCAUUAAGGGGUUGCGUAUCGUCGGCCAGAGCCUUCGGUGCGUGCAGAUCUGCGCUUCCGUGGUGGAGAACAUCGCCGUGGUGCACACCCCUUGUCUCGAGCGGCUCAUCCUGUGGGACGUACGGGGAUCUCCCAACCAUGCCAGUGGCUUCUGCACCAGGAUCAAGAUUGGAAAAGCCCCCAAGCUGCGCAUUUUGGGAUAUCUGGAGCCAGGAAAACACGUGCUAGAGAUCGGAGGCACCACCAUCAUGGCUGGCAUUAAACCAAGCGCAAGCACAAUGCUCACGACGGUCAAGGUCCUGAGCAUCAAAUCAUGUUUUGGAUCCAAUGACACCAAGAUGGUGCCUGACUUGCUCAAAUGCUUUCCUAACGUCGAGGCUCUUCACAUUAUUUCUGUAAAAUGUAAUGAACCUGCUGACAAGCUCGACAUCAAGUUCUGGCAAGAGGCUGGUCCCAUUGUAUGUGUGCUCCUGCGCAUCAAGGUGAUGACAAUCCGUGAGUUCCGAGGGGAGCAACAUGAGCUUGCCUUCCUCCAGUAUUUCUACGAGAAUGCACGGGUGCUGAAGUAUGCAUUAAUCGCGGCAGCCAAUGCAAGGGUCACUGGAAUAUCAGACAAACAGAUGUUUUCCAUUCUGCAGAAUAUGAAUGAUGCAAGAUGGGCUAGUAAAUUUGGACUGGCUAUCAUAGGGAGCAAUGGUCCUGAAGGAGGUAGACCCUGGAUGUUUGAACGAGGAUCAAAUUUUUCUGAUGACGACCCUUUUGCACCAGCUAAAUUUAUUGAACAUGGUCAGUAUUUCUUUCCUUCAUGA